UUUUUUUUCUAGAAAGAGAAACGAACAAACGGACUGAUCUGAAUGCAGCUUCAGCUGCGCUACUACACGUGAAUUACACAUUCGUAUGCAAUUUGUGUACUUCUCUAUAUAUUCUGGCUGAUCGAGGUUCGAAUUCGGAUGCAGGUGCAGCUAUUGGUUAAAGUUGAGAAUCACCAAGAUACGAAAUCUUUGCUUCAGAAGAAAUGGCUAUGGUUCAUGAAGAUGACAGAGGGAGAAGGUCAGAUCUCGAGAUCAUCCCUGCGGUUGACAAGAGACGUCGUCGGAUGAGAUCUUUGAGGAGGAAGGCCAUGACAAGGGGCACAAGUUCUCUGAAGAAUAGCAGAACUAACCACGUGUUGCAUUGCCAUUUCGCCUCAAUUUCGACAGAGGAGUUUCCUGAUGAGGAGGAAGAGAAGGCAGUGAAUGCAUUUCGUCAGGUUUUGUUUGAAAGGGACCUGCUUCCAGCGCAACAAGAUGACUUCCAUACAUUAUUGAGAUUCUUGAAAGCUAGAAACUUCGACCCUCACAAAACCCUUCAUAUGUGGGAAGAAAUGUUGAAGUGGAGGAAAGAGAAUGGAGUAGACUCUAUUCUUCAGGAUUUUGUCUAUGAAGAGUUUGAAGAAGUUCAGCACUAUUAUCCUCAUGGUUUCCAUGGUAUUGAUAAAGGAGGGCGGCCUUUGUAUAUUGAAAGACUAGGAAAAAUAGAACCGAACAAGCUUAUGAGUGUCACAACUGUGGAUAGGUUCUUAAAACAUCAUGUUAAAGGUUUUGAAAUAACUUUUGUAGAAAAGUUCCCAGCAUGUUCUAUAGCAGCCAAACGGCAUAUUGAUUCAACAACGACGAUUCUGGAUGUACAGGGCCUGAACUGGAUGAGUUUUGGGAAGGUUGCACAUGAUCUAGUUAUGCGCAUGCAUAGAAUAGAUGGAAGCAACUAUCCUGAGACUCUACAUCAUAUGUACAUAGUAAAUGCUGGUGGUGGAUUCAAGUGUCUGUGGAAUUGGGCUAAAGGCCUUCUUGAUCCAAGGACCACAAUGAAAAUUACUGUUACUCUGUUACAGGUUCUAGGGACUAAAUUUCAAGAUAAGCUAUUGGAAGUGAUAGAUGCUAGUCAAUUACCCAAUUUUCUUGGAGGUUCCUGCUCAUGCCCGAAUCAAGGUGGUUGUCUUAGAUCUGAGAAGGGCCCCUGGAAAAAUCCACAACUGAUGAAGCUGGUUCACACAUUACUGAAUGGCGAGUCAAUUUAUCCGAGAAAGAUGAGCUUUUAUGACAAUGAUGAUAUUGAAACUAAGCUAAUUGACAAGGGCUUAAGAAGUGAUAUUUUUCAUGUUGGUUUUUCUGAAAAGGAUGAUUUUGAGAUGCAGCUGAUUGAUAUGAAGCAGGAAACAACGUCGCUAGGAGAACAAUAUAAAGUAGGCGCUGGAGAUGAAAAUCAUUGUCCACCAAAAUUGACCACAUUGGCCCCAGAACAAAGGGCACAGAAGGGAUUGAUCUUUGCCAAGGUGACAGAUGUACUGUUGAGAUUUCUAGCAUGCGUUUGUUUUUUGUUCGAGGGGCUGUUCAGGAUAUUUUUCAAGACGCAAAACACUGAGAUGCUAAAAGAAACUAAUCCCACUACUCGGUUACCAAAUUCAGUUUCUCCGGAUGAACAGGGCAUCUGUGGAAGUCCCGAGGGGCUUAUCCAUCCGUGUUGGCAGAAGUUGCAGCAUUUGGAGAAUUUGGUAAAUGAGCUUACAAAAAGGCCAGCAAAAAUUCCACCAGAAAAAGAUGAAAUUUUACUUGAAUCUAUGAACCGCAUCAAAUCCAUUGAGCAUGACUUGCUGAAGACCAGAAAGGCACUUCUCGCAACAACAUCAAAACAAGUGGAGCUUUCUGAGUCAUUGCAGACUUUGAAGGAGAUCAAUCUAAAGGGAAGUGGACGCUUUUGGGUACGAAGCAGCAAGUCUCUACCUCGCGCAACCUAACAUUCAUGCACUAACACCAAAGAAGAGUCUGCCCCUAUACCCUUAUACCUCAAUCCUUUUCUAAUAUCCUGAGAUUCAGUUGCUCGGUGGAUCAAAAAACUUGAGGCAAGAACAGUGUUAUUCAGUUGCUCAGUGGAUCAGCAAACUUGAGGUUUUGGUCCUGCUCUAUUUUUUUUUUAUCUUGGAGCUGUGGGCUGGCUAAUAAGUGCAAUGUGAAGAUUCCAAUUGAAAUACCUGGAGAUACUCCCUCCGUCCCAUUAAAGAGAGAAGGAAAAAACUGUUGAUUGUAUUUCAAUUAUAGGAAAUGUUUCAUUUUUAAUGCUACAAUCCAAAAAAAAAAAAACAUUUCACUUUUAUUGGGAUAGAGGGAGAACUUGUUUCCCUAUUUCUCAUAGUUUGAACAGAGUUACAAUAGAGAAAUAAUUUCGAGGAACGUUGAACUCCCAUUUAUUGGUCUUCUAUUGUAGAUAUAUAUUAUACUUUCAUUUGAUUCUGUGUAGCUCAGUUUACUAAUUUGAUGUUUUCAAGUUCAAGAUCGCCAUAUUUAUUCA